AUAAAAAUGCAUAAAAAGAGAUUCAAAUAAUUGCAACUUGAUUAACCUGCCACAAAAAAGCAAAGCUCUGCCUAUCGUAAAUUUUAUGAUGAAUAAUUUGUUCUCUAUCAAUAAAAAUUUCCUAAAAGAACCACAGAAGAAAUUACUAAUUUGGUUAAUCUAGAAUGGAAAAAGAGAGAGAAACUCAAUUAAUAGAAGUACUUCUAACAUCAUGGAUUUGUCAAUAUCAAUGAUACUGAUAGAGUCCCUGUUCCUUAACCACCUCCCCCAGUUAUGAUCAUGUUUUAUAAUUUAUAAUGUCUCUAUAGCUUCCAAAAACAAAUGAGACAGCAUCUAGAGAUGAUCCAUCCAGAGUACAAUGGAACAUAGAUAGAUCGUACUAUUAAAUUUGAAUGGGGUUCUAAUGCAGCCUUAAAAGAGAAAGCAGUCGAGGAAUAUAAAAUUUUGAGACAAGUUAUUUAGUAUAAAAUAUGUUUAGGAAUUUGAAAACCAAAAGAAAGAAUUUAUCAUUAAAUAUGGUUUCUGGCCAUAGUAUAAAAAAAACAAAGGUGAGUAAAUAAAAUAGAUCCAAUAAUCCAGCUAUCAGGCAAAUCCAUUGGCAUAUUUGCUCAACAAGAAAGUCAAAUAAGAAUGAAAUUAAUCAAAAUGAGUUUAAAAAAAAUACAACAAACUACUUACCAUAUAAGAACUUAAGAACUUUUAUCACUUCUCCGUUUCCUUAUAUAAGAUAUUUAGAAUUACUUAAUUUUUAAAUUAAAUCUUUUCUAUUUACUAAAAAGAGCGCCAAUUUCAG